CAAAAGUUAAAAAUAUUUUUUUAAUGAAAAUAAUAAAAUGUCUUGACAACUCUGAUUGAGGGACAAAUUGAUUGUCACGAAUAGUGCAAUAUAAAAUUGGUGAUAGCUGUCAAAUGAUUUUUGACAUUUCUAUUACUCCGCCUGUUCGUUCUCUGCAAAAAAUUUCAUCCCAUUCAGUCAGAAACGUCAAUUGGUGGCGAGUUGAUUAUUUUUUUUGUAUUUUUCAUUGAAGUUUGUUGCAAUUUUUUAUUAACUUGGUUUUUACAUGACCCCCACACACUGGUGACCAAAUUAGGCAAACAGCCGUGGUAUUCUUCCACACGAAACUACUAGAAAGAAAUGAAAAAGUGCAGAUAGUUUUUAUAAAGUAAGCCUUAGAUAUAAUUUGUAAUUGAACGUGGUGAAAAGAAUACUUAUUGGUUUCCGAACAAAAAAUUAAUAUCUAAACGCUGUAGAAGUGUAUACAUUCGCUGGAAAUUGUAAGACAAGUUAAAACAUAAAACUAAAAAUCUUCAACAGUAGCGACAUACAUAUGUAAAUAGUGAAGUGCUGUGACGUAGGAGAGUGAAAAUUAAUUACAAAUGCACCUUUAUCUAUAAGCGUUGUGAAACAAAAGACUGUAAUAUUUCAUCAAAGAAAGAGUUGAAGCACAAAGCGGCACACGCCAGCACGUAUAGCAACGUACGCUGGACAAGAGGACUCUAGAAACGCGGAGACAGCCAACUAACUGCUUGCAUAUAUUCGCGAACAUUUACAUAUACCUAUAUGUGCGUACAUAUGUACAAAGCAGCCGUCGUAUACAUUUCCAAAAUUUAAGUAGCCAACACAGCCGACUGACUGCUUGAACAUGUCCAAUCAAUCGGAGGUCGAUUACGAUAAACAAUUUCAAGAUGAUUUGGCCAAAGCCACCGCUUUGAGUUUGGAGCAACAGGCGCUCGACGAUUAUCGUCGUGUCAAAAAGUAUGGCACUGCCGCACAUUAUUACAGCGAACGCGCACAGACGCAGUCGCCUUCCUUUCAACCGAUACAUUCCGCACCGCAGCGACAGCAAUCGACCGAAUCGGCGAAGGCUUUCUAUGCGCAAUUGCGCACGCGUUACCAGCAAUCGCGUGGCAAUUCAAAUGAUAUUGCUACAGCCGCGGCGCCGCCGCCGAUACCACCCAGUCGUCGUCACUCGGAGGCCAAUAAUAAUGUGUCCUUAAAUGUGGCGGCUGUAACGGCGGCGUCACGUGAACGCUCCAAAACGCCACCAGCGACGCUGCUCGAAAGUGAUCUCAUUUCAUUCUCUAGCCCCACCUCCAAGGAGGCGCAAUCAUAUACGUUUGAGAAAUUAAUCGAAGAUUUACAGAAGUUGCAAACAACGACGCCACAAACUGCUUUGGUGCCAUUCGGUCCCGUUGCGGCAGCGCCCAUUACACCUAUGCAUGCUGCUGCAGCGGCUUAUCGGCACGCUGGCACGCCUAUACACAACGCCGCGGCCUUGCAGCAUUAUGCUGCGGGUCCGGCUGCUGUUGCUGUUGGUGGCGCUGGUGCUGGCAAUAGCAUGCAAUUGGUGCCUUUUACGCCAACGUCGGCGCAGCAGCAGCAGAAAGUGCCGCUUACUAGCGAAGAGUUGCAGAAACUCUAUAAUAUGCCGCUUCAGCAGCAACAGCAGUAUUAUCAACAACAACAGCAACAACAACAACAAUAUAUGGCAGCCAUUAUGCCGACCGGUGUGGCAUAUCCACCAGCGCGUGCUGGUUAUGUGCCCACAGUGGGCGGUUUUGCUGCAACAACGCAUGCCGCCAACUAUACACAGAGCGCGCCACCUACCGCCGCCGCAACAGCCGCUUUUACGCCAUCACAAUUUCCGUCAACGGUUUCACACUAUGGUUUUCAAUAUGGCGCUUUGCCUGGCAGCUCUACGCCCUACUACGGCUCACCGCAUAUAACAGCUGCGGCCGCAAGCAAUAUCGCAGCCACAGCGGCGCCUAUGCCGCUUAGCAAGUCGCAAUCAGCUGCGGCCGCGAAUGCAUCCAAUGGCAGCAAUGGCGGUGCGGUUGGCGCUGGCGCUGGUGGUCUGCGCCGUCAGACGCCGCCUGCGCGCAAACCGCCACGCACCGGCAACGAUUUGAUUGACCUGAGUCAGGAGGAUGAUUCUCGCGUCAGCGUGCUGGAGGCGUUCGAUCCCUUGCUCAAUACAGACGAAGAAGGUUGCGAUGAUGACUCGGAUUGUACUUCCUACUAUGCGGAAUACGAUCCAUUUGAUUAUCUCUACAGUGGCGGCGGUACACAGUACUCGGAUCCCGUUUAUGAGGCGGUCAAUAAGUUGGAGAAGAGCGCUGUGAGCCCAAAUGUCUCCUCGAUUGGUUGGCGUACGGACUAUCUCAAUCGCGAUGAAGUGCUCAACAAUUUGUCGCGUUCUCCUGCCGCCGCCAGCCCUACACCUUCGCAGUCGCACGAAGCAACAACUAGUGGUUCGCGUUCGCCACCACCACCGUUGCCGCCACGAAAUAGCGGCUCACGUUCACCACCAUUUUUGCCUGGUCUCUAUCCUACGCUCAAGCGCGACAAUAGUUUCGGCAGUAGCAGCAGCAUAAGUGUCAGCAAUGCAACUGCUGCUGUGCCGUCCACUUCUCACACCAUCGCAAACUCUUACGCGCGUCCGAGCGCCACGCUGGAUCGUCGAAAAACCACCAGCACACGCUUAUACGAGGUGGUCACCGAACGUCGUACUGUUGAUCCGGAACUCUUGGAAUUCUAUUACAUGGUCAAGGAGUUGCGUAUGCGUUACUUGCAUAAUGAUAAGCAUACCAAUCCUGGUCACAUAAUUGCAUCGGAAUUCAAUUAUCAUUACCCCUUGGAGACGAGCAUUAAGAUUUUAGUGCAUCCCGCUUUGAAAGCACUGCUCUCGACCGCUGACUUGACGCGCACACAGGGGCAGGUGAAGGGUUAUGGUGUGCCCGUGGUAUUCACAUGUGAUAUUAAUACGGCUGUGGAAUUGGUCAUUGAUCAGGCGUUUUGCUCAUUGGAGGGUCAAAUAAGUGGCACACCCAGUGAUUAUGUGGUGAAGCCUAUCGGUGUAUCGGAAUGGCUGUCACCCACGUCGAAGCUUAGUCAAUUGGAAUGUGUGCACAACAGCUUGAAACUGGAACAGGAUGUGCAGUUGGGUCUCUGCGUUAAGUCCGAUGAGAAUAUGCACGUCAUAGCGCGUACGCAAUGCGAUGAUUUGCGCGACGCUGAGCUGCGGGCCGACGAUAUUGUGCCGAAUGAAAUGGCAACCACCAUUAAUUACGAUGACAUGAUGAUAUUGAUAGAAACACUUGAAACCGAAAUAGAUAAGCUGGAGAGCGCCGAUCCGAAUUCGCGUCAAAUACUCUCCUGCUCGGGAGUUGUGCAGGCCGUCAAAGCUAUAUGCGCCCUACUCGGCUCUAUAGACACGCUAGAAAUCUCGGCUUGCAUAGCCGAUCUCAAACGCAUAUGCGAAGAAGGACAAGUGAAGUAUGCCUCGCACUCCACCGAUACAAAUCCGGAGAUUGUUAGCGAACGGGGCGAUUACGCGGAGGUGCGCUUAGUGCCACGCCCUAUGCUCGAUCAAAUUAAAUUGAAAUGCAAUCAGCUGCGCGAUGCCGUACAAGAGCUGAUCGAACUGUAUUCGAAUGUGUUUCGCGUAGGCUUCUCUGUCAAAUCGAUGGAUUACUCGACUACACCCAUGCCCAUUUCGUGCGUACUGAAACCGAUUGUCGUAAGCGUAAAUUGUUUGCAUCGUCCGCCGCCCGUUUGGCGUUACGACGACUACUCGCUCGGCGUACAAAUCAACUAUGGCACACGCUUCAUAUCCGAUCCUAUUGUCACGAAGUGUUCGAAUGAUAUGAGCGGCGGUCUAUUUCCACGUCUCAACUUCUCUUCAUGGCUUACAUUCGAGAAGAAUGCUAUCUGUACGCUGCCACGCGAGUCACGUCUGAUAUUUGUGCUUUACGGCACACAAACGACGGAGAAUGAACAGAACACCGAUGCGAAUGGCGAACGCCGACAAGUGCCCACCGAAUUGGGUUGGUGUGCCAUACAAUUGUUCGAUCAUAAGCGUGAAAUGAUUUGCGGCUCUUACUUGUUGUCGAUGUGGCCCCCCACUACGGAUAAGUUUCUGGGUCCGGCGCCUGCGCGUGGCUGCCAUCCACAACCGGAUCUAUGUCCGGUACUGAGUAUAGAAGUACCACCUUAUGGUGGACGUAUUAUGUUCCCUGAACCGUUGGAGCAGCCACAACCGGCGCCACGUUGCGAUUUCAAUUCGUUGGAUGCGAAUUUACAGCAAGAGCUGCUCGAUACCGCCGAACAGGGUUAUUCGGGUGCGAAGGAUAAGCGUGAAGUUUUCUGGGAGAAACGUUUGUAUUUGCAGAGUUUUCCCUACGCCUUGCCGAAGGUGUUACAUGCCGCGCAUAGUUGGGACUAUGCCAGUCUUAUGGAUCUGCACUCGCUGUUGCAUUCGUGGGCACCACUUUCACCAUUGCAAGCGCUCGAAUUGCUGUUACCACGUUAUCCAGAUGCGAAAGUGCGUCAGAAGGCGGUCGAGUGGAUAUCACAGCUGCCCAACGAUCAGCUGGUUGAUUAUUUGCCACAAUUGUUGCAAGCGCUCAAGCAUGACACCUACGAGGCAUCGGAUAUGGCCAACUUCUUGCUCUGCAAGUGCUUGGAAUCACCGCGCAUUGCACAUCAUAUGUAUUGGUUACUCGUACACAGUUUGCCGGGUGAUGAUCCGCAGAACUCGAUUGAUGCUUCAUCUGUGGCGAAUGAGUUUGACGACUCGCUGAUAACGCAAGCGCGUUACUACCGUCGGAACAAAAUUAUGCUGCGCGCGCUGCUGGCGGUGUGCGGUGAGCGGCUAUUGGCGCGUUUCCUCAGUCAGAAUAUAAUGUGCAAGAGUCUGGCAAGUCUAGCUGAUUCUGUGAAGCAGGCUAAAGAAUCGUUGCGUCAGAAAACACUUUGCUUCGGUAUGGAAAUCGUGCAUCAACAGCUGAAUGACAAACCCACCUCAUUGCCGCUAGGUCCCGAAUUGGAAGUGACCGGUGUAAAUGUGCGCAGCUGCAGUUAUUUCAACUCCAAUACGCUGCCCUUAAAAAUUUCCUACAUAAAUUCAGAUGGUGAAGUAUUGCCGGCCAUUUUUAAGUCCGGUGACGACCUACAGCAGGAUAUGCUUACCAUACAACUCAUACGUGUGAUGAACAAAAUGUGGUUGGCCGAGGGUUUGGAUCUAAAAAUGGUCACCUUUAAUUGUGUACCAACGGGUUUUAAGAAGGGCAUGAUAGAGCUGGUCUCCGAUGCGGAAACUUUACGUAAAAUACAAGUCGAAUAUGGUUUAACGGGUUCGUUCAAGGAUCGUCCGAUUGCUGAAUGGUUGGCGAAACAGAAUCCUAGUCAAUUGGAGUAUCAACGUGCGGUGAAAAAUUUUACAGUUUCUUGCGCCGGCUAUAGCGUGGCCACUUAUAUACUCGGCAUCUGUGAUCGUCACAAUGACAAUAUUAUGCUAAAGACCUCGGGUCAUCUGUUUCAUAUAGAUUUCGGCAAAUUCCUAGGCGAUGCACAAAUGUUUGGCAAUUUCAAAAGGGACCGCACACCGUUCGUACUCACCUCCGACAUGGCAUAUGUGAUUAAUGGCGGCGACAAACCCUCCACAGAUUUUCAUUAUUUCGUCGACUUGUGUUGUCGUGCAUUCAAUAUCAUACGAAAACAUGGUGAUCUCAUUCUGCACAUGCUUGCUCUAAUGGCCACAGCCGGCAUACCGGGUGUGACGGCCGAUGCCGUGACUUAUGUGCGUGGCGCUUUGCUGCACGAACAGUCGAAUCCCGAGGCGGCUGCUUCAUUCGCCAAAAUGAUACAAUUCUCGCUGAAGAGCUGGUUCACACAAUUCAAUUUCUUUUUGCACAAUUUGGCGCAAAUGCGUUUCAGCAAUGAUGAGGGUAGCGGUGAACUGCUCUCUUUCGUGCCGCGUAAAUACACCAUGCAACAGGAUGGACGGCUGCGGAGCGUUAUGGUGGUGCGCUGUCAGAAACAUUAUGAUAUGGAAAAGUAUUAUACCUAUAUUCUACGUGUGACGCGUCAUGGUCAAACUGAUCCGACGCAUUUGUUUCGUUCAUAUAAGGAAUUCACAGAGUUUCAUCAGAAAUUAUGUUUGCACUUUCCGCUGGCCAAAUUACACAGUUUACCAAGUGGCAUGCAUGUCGGCCGCUCGAAUGUGAAGUCGGUAGCUGAGCGUCGCCUCCCACAAAUACAACGUUUUCUCAUCUCACUCUUCAAUUCAGCGGAUGAGAUUGCGCACUCGGAUUUGGUGUAUACAUUCUUUCAUCCCUUGUUGCGUGAUCAGCAGGAGGCUAAGUUGACGGUGUCUAAAGUUAAAGAGAUCAAACAGCAUACGCGUGAGAAUCCUUAUGAAGUUGGUCAGAUAAAAUUAUCAUUACAAUAUCGCCGUGGUGUCUUAACAGUGAUGAUUCAUCACGCUAAGGGCCUGCCCAUGCUGCAAGGUGGCCAAGAGCCCAAUACCUAUGUCAAAUGCUAUCUUAAACCGGAUGCAACCAAAGUGACGAAGCGCAAAACGAAAGUGGUGCGAAAGACCUGUGUACCCAGUUUUAUGGAAACGCUCGAGUACCGCAUGCCAUUGGAGCACAUACAAAAUCGCUUUCUACACGUGACCGUCUGGUCACAUGACACACUACAGGAGAAUGAACUGCUGGGCGGCUUUCAAGUCGAUCUAUGUAAAUACGAUUUGCGCAAAGAGCUGAUCGACUGGUUUCGACUCGGUCCGAUGCCAAGAAAUUGAGGCACACAAAGUAUACACAAUGUAAAAUGAAAGUAAAAGUGUUACUAUAACUGUACAUUCAACGCUCGGCAACUAUGCAGUACGCCCCCACAGCAGAAAUAUGCAAAGAGUUUUGUGAAAACUAACUGCAAGGCAACAGUAUUUCUUCCGCACACACAUACAUACAUAUAAUACAUAUAGACACCACUCUACAGGGACACCCAUUAGGGGUUGAGCAAUAGUUACAUAUAUUUGUAUGAGAACUUAUUGAAAUAAAUACACACAUAUUAUAAAUACAAAGCAGCUUGGCAGCCAGUAAGCAGUAAACAGUAAUCGGGUUCUAAAAGAACUGGCAUUACAUAAAAGCAUACAUACAUACAUAUACAUAUGUAUAUAUAUUUUUAUACAUAAAUUUACUUAAAUGCAGCAUACCUAAGCGUUGACUGCUCGACGAUUUUCUCUCUAUGCAAAACACUUAUAUUUCAUAAGGACAUUCCAAUUUAUGCAUAUAGAAUACAGUAAUGAAAAAGAAAGAAGGAAAAAAAACAAGCAAUAAAAAAUUAAUGAAGCAAACAAUACAGUAAUG